AUGAGCUGCCCUGACUUACUCCAGUCCCUUCCCAUUCUGGAAAAGAUAUGGGAGGAGCUCUCGAUGGACUUCAUCGAAGGCUUACCACUCGCUAGUGGAUUCAACACCAUCCUAGUAGUGGUCAACCGCCUGAGUAAGCACGCCCAAUUCUCCGCCUUGAAGCAUCCCUUCACUGUUGGAGAUGUUGCCCAGAUCUUCAUCCGAGACGUGGUCAAGCUCCACGGAAUACAAAGACACUCUUAUCAGGUUGUGACCGGAUCUUCCUCAGCACCUUUUGGCGGGAGCUUUUUCGGCUUCAGGGUGCCUUGUUACACUGCACCAGCGCUUACCAUUCGCAGACCGACAGCAAAACGGAAGUGGUCAAUCGCGGUCUUGAAACCUACCUAUGAUGUGUCGCAGGAGAUCACCCACGGCAGUGGCCCAAAUGGUUACCGUGGGCGGAGUUGUGGUAUAACACCACCUUCAACUCCUCCACGGGAACCGCACCAUUCCAAGCCAUCUAUGGCCGAGACCCCCCGACCCUCAAGUCACUCGCACGGCGACCCUUCGAGAAGUUAGCAGCACGGUAUCUCAGACCCUGCCGCAUACUGGACCGUAUUGGUGCUGUGGCCUACUGCCUCAAGCUACCCCUAGAGUCCCGCAAACACCGCGUCUUCCAUGUCUCACAGCUCAAACCCGCCAAGGGCGACCAGCACAUACAGCCGCAGCCUCUCUUACUCAACAGUGAGAACCAAUGGAAGGUCGAUCCAGAAGAGGUCACCGCCACACACCACACAACCCAAGGACUCGAGGUACUGGUAGAAUGGCGUGACCUUCCCACAACGGAGUCAACUUGGGAACUAGCCAAGAGUAUCCUCCAUGUUUUUUCCAGAGUUCUCCCUUGUGGACAAGGUGAGAGUAUUGAUGAGCUACUCUCAUCAACACCACUUCCGAAGCAACGGCAAUCUUGA